AACGCUGGUAUUUCAAGAAAGAUCUGCUGCUUGUCAUUAGUUCUGAGGAAGCUCUCUGUGUGGAUACAGGUUUAUAGGUAUUGGAAGAGAUGUUCUACUUACAGGGUUCCCAAGCACUGCAUGUUUUGGAGAACUCCCUGAGGAAGCACCUCCCAGAGUCCCUAAAGGUUUAUGGGACUGUCUUCCACAUGAACCAGGGAAACCUAUUCAAUCUCAAGGCUCUUGUGGACAAGUGGCCUGAUUUUAAUACUGUUGUUAUUCGACCCCAGGAACAGGACAUGACAGAUGACUUUGACCAUUACACCAACACUUACCUAAUCUACUCCAAGGAUCCCAAGCACUGUCAGGAAUUCCUUGGCUCAUCAGAAGUCAUUAACUGGAAGCAACAUUUGCAGAUUCAAAGUACACAGCCAAGCUUGGGCAAAGUGAUAGAAAAUCUUGGAGCCAUUAAUUUGGGCAAGGUCAAGCAUACGCAAUGCUUUCUCUAUAUGAUAUUUCAAACAGCAAAGAAACUGAGUCCUUCCUUGGCAGAUGAGAAGAACUUCGUAGUCAGCAGUGACAAGCCCAAGCCCAUUGACCACAAGUUGUUUAAAUUUGCUUCCCUGGAUGUUACACAUGCUGCAUUGGUGAAUAGCGUCUGGCAUUUUGGUGGCAACGAGAAAAGCCAGAAGUUCAUUGAGCGCUGUAUUCUCACCUUCCCAAGCUCCUGUAUUAUAGGGCCCGAGGGGACCCCAGUGUCCUGGGGCCUGAUGGACCACACUGGAGAACUAAGAAUGGGAGGCACCUUGCCUAAGUACCGGCGCCAGGGUCUCAUUUACCAUCUUGCUCGUCACCAGAUCCAGACUCUAGGCAAUCUCGGCUUUCCCAUGUAUGCACAUGUGGAUAAGGCUAACUUCACCAUCCAGAGAAUGGCUGCCCUGCUGAGGCAUGUCCCCAUGCCCUCUACCUGGAACCAGUGGAACUGUGUACCUCUAUAAA